ACCAUCAUCAUCAUAUAUACUUAACCAACACAACGAAAAAAAAACAGAAAAGAAAGAAAUAUGGCAGCCACCGCUGCAGUUAUGCUAGCCCUCGUCCUCCUCUCGCCGACCACUCUCGCCACCGACGUUCAUGGCUUCCGCGCCACUCUCACUCGCAUCCACCAGCUCUCCCCCGGCAAAUACUCCGCGGCUGUACGCCGCGACAGCCACCGCCUCGCGUUCCUCUCCAACAACGCCGCCGCGGCAGCCGGCAGCAAGGCCACCACCACCACCACCACCAACUCGUCGGUGAGCUUCCAGACACUGCUCGACAACAGCGCGGGAGCGUACAACAUGAACCUGUCCAUCGGCACGCCGCCCGUCACCUUCUCCGUCCUGGCCGACACCGGCAGCAGCCUCAUCUGGACGCAGUGCGCGCCGUGCACCGAGUGCGCCGCGCGGCCGGCGCCGCCGUUCCAGCCGGCGAGCUCCUCCACCUUCUCCAAGCUCCCGUGCGCCAGCUCGCUCUGCCAGUUCCUCACGAGCCCCUACCUCACGUGCAACGCCACCGGCUGCGUCUACUACUACCCCUACGGCAUGGGCUUCACCGCCGGCUACCUCGCCACCGAGACGCUCCACGUCGGCGGAGCCUCGUUCCCCGGCGUCGCGUUCGGGUGCAGCACGGAGAACGGCGUCGGCAACUCGUCGUCGGGCAUCGUGGGGCUCGGCCGCAGCCCGCUGUCCCUCGUCUCGCAGGUCGGCGUCGGCCGGUUCUCGUACUGCCUCCGCUCCGACGCCGACGCCGGCGACAGCCCGAUACUGUUCGGCUCCCUCGCCAAGGUCACCGGCGGGAACGUCCAGUCCACGCCACUCCUCGAGAACCCCGAGAUGCCAAGCUCCUCGUACUACUACGUCAACCUCACCGGCAUCACCGUCGGCGCGACGGACCUCCCGGUGACGAGCACCACGUUCGGCUUCACGCGCGGCGCCGGCGCCGGCCUCGUCGGCGGCACGAUCGUGGACUCCGGCACGACGCUCACGUACCUCGUCAAGGAGGGCUACGCGAUGGUGAAGCGGGCGUUCCUGUCGCAGAUGGCGACGGCCAACCUGACGACGACGGUGAACGGCACGCGCUUCGGCUUCGACCUGUGCUUCGACGCCACCGCCGCCGGCGGCGGCAGCGGCGUGCCCGUGCCGACGCUGGUGCUGCGGUUCGCGGGUGGAGCUGAGUACGCCGUGCGGCGGCGGAGCUACGUCGGCGUGGUGGCGGUGGACUCGCAGGGCCGCGCGGCGGUGGAGUGCUUGCUCGUGCUCCCGGCGAGCGAGAAACUGUCGAUCUCCAUCAUUGGCAACGUCAUGCAGAUGGACUUGCACGUGCUCUACGACCUCGACGGCGGGAUGUUCUCUUUCGCGCCGGCGGAUUGCGCCAAUGUGUGAUGGAGUAAUUACUACCGUUCGUUAAGUACAGUAUAAACCCAAUAACUACGGAGUAGAAGUACUAUAUUGUACGCAUGUGGGGAUCAUAUACAGUUUUUGUCUAGCUUGCUGUUCAUCAUAGGACAAAUAAGGCUUAAUUUCUCUUGUGCCGUCAUUCUCUGUUUGAGAUUGUGUCCUAACUGACAACGUUCUAUUUUGCCGUGUCUGGUACGUA